AUGGUGUAUACUUCCCACAGUGUUCGCCCCGCUGUGUCCUUCUUUCGGUCAUUCAGAUUAGACACCCCCGCCGCGGAUAUCCUGAAUCCACAUUUUUGCAAAAUUCGAGUGCCUCGCUCUGCAUAUCCAGAUGCAAACACUCACGUAGGUGCUCGGCAUAGGCCAUCUACUCGCUUUAUAAGAGGUUCUCUUCAUCUACACUGCAAACGCAUUCACCUCUGA